AUGCCCGCUGCCUCCCUCGAGUUUCCGCCGCCUGCUAGCCAUGGGCCCAGCAGUGGAAUGCAAAAUAUUAUGCAACACACCUUUAGCCUUGCCCGUUACACCUACGUAAUGCUUUCUGGAAUGCAUCAUUCUAAUAGAAGUCCGGUUGCUCGGAUUUAUAGUGAUAAUGAAUUUAAAGCUCCAGACAUUCAGGGACCCAUCAUUAAUUUCAACCUACUGGAUGAGAAUGGUGAUAUCGUUGGUUAUGCAAAGGUGGACAAGCUGGCAAAUUUGCAUGCUAUUUAUCUUCGCACUGGCUGCUUUUGUAACACUGGAGGCUGUCAGCAACACAUAGGAAUUACGAAUGAAGAUGUCAAAAAUAAUCUGAAGGCAGGCCAUGUCUGCGGAGAUACUUUGGAUAUGAUUGACGGUCGUCCUAAUGGUUCAGUCCGAAUAUCCUUUGGCUACAUGUCAACAUUUGAUGACGCGCAAACAUUUUUAAAAUUUAUUAUAGAUUGUUUUGUUAAGCAGCCAGUUUGCUUUGACAAAGACAUCCUGUCUAAACUUAACUCGUAUGGGACAAUGAAAGAGAAAGGUGAUUCAUGGACAGAGAAUUUCACAGAUGAAGAUAUCGUCUCAGUAAGGGAAGUUCCUUCAGAGAUUGCUGUAGCAUGUUCUCAGGGAGUUGAAAUGUCUCCUUAUCAGCGUUUGUCAGACAAUCCAUCAGAGUGGAAUAAAAACCCAGCAACUUCCAAAUUAAUUUCCAAUGGCAGUAAUUUGGUAACUCUCACAAACAUCUACCUCUACCCAAUCAAGUCCUGUGCUGCUGUUGAGGUUAAGAAGUGGCCUAUUGGAAAGCAUGGAUUGCUGUAUGAUCGUGCCUGGAUGAUUGCCAACCAUAAUGGUAUCUGUCUUAGUCAGAAGCAGGAGCCCAGGCUUUGCCUGAUUCAUCCAUACAUUGACCUGGAACAAGGGAUCAUGACCAUCAGUGCAGAAGGAAUGGAUACCAUAAUGGUGCCACUAGAAGAAGUAGGAAAACAAUAUUCACUGCAAGUCUGUGAAACUAAAGUCUGUGGAGAUAGAGUAAAAGGACUGAACUGUGGGGAAGAAGUUGCAGGAUGGAUCUCCACAUUUCUUGGACGGCAGAGUUGUCUGUUCCGACAGAGUUCUGAUUUUCAAAGAGUGAUGAAGAAACAUAAGCAAGUUCAAGGUCAGUCUUUGACCCAAUCACCUUCCCUCUCAUUGGUGAAUGAAGCACAGUAUCUUCUCGUAAACAGGGCAAGCAUUCUACACCUGAAGGAGCAGAUACUACAAAGGUAGGAUCUAUUCAGGAAAAGAAAAUCCUGUUUAAUAUAACAAAGAUUCACUGAGCAUCAUGAACAUCAAUUAACAGAUCCAGGAAAUCUGAAAUAAAAACUGAAAAUGCUGAAACACUUAAGAGGUCAAGUAGCAUUUGCAGAAGGAGAAACAUGGUUCAUGUUUCAAGUAAAAUACUUUUUGUUAGAAUUGAUUUUAUUCAAUUCAACAUCAGUUUUUCUUGAGACUAUUGCCAAAAUGUUAAAAGGCAGCAAUUGGAAGUCUUUUGUGAUAAAAAUCUUCUUCUUUCUUUCACCCACAAUAAAACAAAAUUUUCCCUGUUAUUGCAGUCUGCCACCCAUUUAUAAUAACGCAGACGUGCUUGGAGGCAGGGCCGUCUUAACAGCAUUA